AUGCCGACGACUAAUGGCCCACCGCAGCUUGCCUACGAUUACACGCCUUCGCCUACCAAGCCCUGGCGGCAAGUAGCAAGGCAGGGAGCGAAGCCCGGGUCCCCGCCGGCGCCCUACCGUGUCGAGUCCAGGUACUGCGGAACCGAAGUUGUGCCACCAGCACGAAGUACGGAGCACAGUACACACUCCGAAGUCGCGCGAGAGGCGGUGCAAGUAAACCGCCGACGCGGCAGGUUUCUUGGCUCCGCCGGAGGACCACUGCCCAGACACCUGGAUAUGAUGACGGGGUCCGGACCAGACGCCGCCUCGACAAGAGUCUGGCUGGUCCAACCGACUUUCGUUCACGCUGACCAGACGUCUGGCGGCGGGCCGGGCGACAUUCAAACCAUGACGCUGACAUCCGGCCGCUCGGCCGAGUCAUGA